AGCAGAGAGAGGCAGGCCGGUACUUGGCCGGGAGGCUGCAGCACGGCUCCCUGCCCGGGCUGGCAGCCCGCACGUCUAGGCCUUUGAGAAGCUCCUACAGAGCUAAGUCCCGAGCGGGGCUGGCUGCGGAGGAGGCAGGCUGGGGUCAGAGCAAGGAUGCGCAGACUUUCCCAUGUACCUUGCCCUGAGCUGCAUGGCAAAGGCACGGAGAUGGCUGGUGGAGCGCUUCUGUCACAAUGAGGCAGUGAGGGAGAGGAGCAGAGAAUGGGGAGAGAAGCGAGAUUCCAGUUGACAACGGGACAGGAGCAGAGCCACUGAUCGCUUGCAUCAAAGGUUCUGAUCUCUGCCGUCCCAGUCGCUGACCAGACGCGUCACAACCUUACCGGUCUUCAGAGAACAACUCCUUUCCAUCCGACGAAAUGAUAGAACCCUCUGAAGACUCAUUUGAGACGAUGAUGGAGCGUAAGAAUCCAUCAUCAAAACAAAUGGAGUCCUCCGAGGGCUCAUCCAACACCACCGUGGAGACAUCAGGCAGCGGCGCGCAGGAGGCGGCGGGGCCCGCCAGUGGCCCAGCCCAGGGAAUGAAAGAGCUGCCCAUUGAUCUCCGCCAAGACAUGGAGGAGCCAUCCAGUGGCCCACAUAGGGAAAUUAAGGAUCCACCCAAUGACCUACUCCAAGACCUGGAGGAGUCACGCAAUGGUUCACAUCAGGAAGUGGGGGAUCCAUCCGGUGAGGCACCUGGCACAACGGAAGAAGCAUCAGUCAACCCAAGGGGAGCCCGAAACAAACACGGCAGCGACACUGACCUGGCCAGCGGGAGGGAGGAGGAGGAGCAGCUGGAAGAGGAGCCCGAGACUUCGGAGUUCAUGGCCACGGUGAGAUCCAUCAUCUCUCUGUACUUCCGCAUGCAAGACCUCAGAGAGCAACAAAGAGUAGCAGAAGAGAUCUUGAUGGAAGCGAUCAACGCAGGCCGACUGCCCGUCCCGGUAAACUUCUCCGGCGACCGCAGAGAAUACCACGAGUUCAUCGUGCUCUGCCAACUGAUCCUACAAAGCUACCCGAGCAUGUUCUACAACGACCGCCUGCGAGUGGGGUACAUCAUGUGCCACCUCUCGGGCAUGGCCUUAGAAUGGGCCAGGGCUCUGAUGAAUGAAAACAGCUCCCUGAUGAGCGACUUCCCCGCCUUCCUGGAGGCCAUGUCAGGUAUGUUCGAGUACCGCCAGGCGCAGCGUGUGGCCGAAGAUGCCAUGUUCAACAUCAGGCAGGGGAGUCGCACCGCCAUCGAAUACAUCAAUGAGUUCCAGGGCCUGGUACCCACCUUGGGCUGGUCGGACGAAGUCCUGCAGGCCCACCUGUGCCAGGGGCUCAACGAGGAAAUCAGGCACUAUCUGUUCCGCGUCCCGCAGCCGGAUUCGCUCGAAAGUCUCAUCGUGCUCGUCCUGCAGAUAGAAGAAAAGCUGGCAGAGCGAAGGGCGAUGCUCAGGCUGCCCCCAGAGGCUCGCCCACGGAACCUGACCUGGAUCGACUCACCUGCCCCGGAGAGGUGGAUGGUUAGCAGCUGGCUGCCCUGCGACGCCCGGCCCGCCAUCGACCGCAACCACCUCUUCCUGCUGCUCCUGGUCAGGGUGAACCCCUACCACAGCGUCGCGGUUCAGGCCCUGGUCGACUCAGGGGCGGGCGGCAACUUCAUGGAUGAGAGGUUUGCCCAAGAGCACUAUGUCGAGCUCUACGAGAAGCCCUACCCGCAGAUGGUCCAAGGCGUGGACGGCUCACUGAUCGGCAACGAACCUGUCUGGCUCUACACCGAGCCCCUGGUGUGCAUCCAUCAGAACCACCAGGAGUCCAUCGAAUUCGACAUCGUUCCGUCCCCCAACUUCUCCGUGAUAUUAGGCAUCAAGUGGCUCCGGAUCCACACCCCCGAAGUCGACUGGGUCAGAGGCCGCUGCACCUUUCACUCUCCCUACUGCCUGCAGAAGUGCUUCCGCCCGCCCCCACCAUGCAUCGCACUGGAAAGACAUGCCAUCAGCCUGCUGCCCGGACUGCCGCCCCUGUACUCCGACCUGGCCGACGUGUUUAACCCGAAGGAAGCAGAUGAUGAGACUUCCGACCAGCCAAGCUCAGACGGAUCCGAUGAUCUUUCUGAAUCAGAGCCCUCUGAGCUUCAGCAGGCUGGAGACAGUGAUCACAGCGAGACCUUUUACGAAUGUCCCUCCAUCGCGCCGUGGGAACCUGUGGGUGCCGGGAUGCAAGAAAGUGCCAGGCCGCGGGAUGACAACUGGAACGCGGAGAGCAUGCUGACCGACAAACAAGACUACAUACAGAUCAUUCCAGAACUAUUCGACCAGUUACACGGAGCUACAUGGUUCACGAAGCUGGAGCUGCGGGGGACCAUCGUGGAGGAAAGCAUGAACAUACACCAAGCGGAGGACGUAUGGAAAACAGCGUUUGGUUUCGAGCUCCCAAAGAUGAAGAGCUACAAGCCCUUUCCACUAUCCUCAGACCCGGUCAUCCCUCAGAACGUGCUCCACUUUAUCCUAAAGGACAUGCUCGGCUACUUCGUGCUCUCUUACGGGCAGGACGUCGUGGUCUACUCAAUGAGCCAGGAAGAACACUUCCAACACGUCCGCCAAGUCCUGGUCCGCUUCCGACACCACCACGUCUACUGCUCGCUGGACAGAAGCCAGUUCCACCGACACACGGUCGAAUUCAUGGGAUUUGUCCUCACCCCCAAAGGGGUGAAACUGAACAAGACCAUCGUGACCACCGUGACGGGGUACCCCACCCCUGGCUCUAAGAAGUCCCUGAAACACCUGCUCCGCUUCAUCCUGCCCUACCAGCACUUCGUGGAGCGCUUCAGCGUCAUCAUAGAGCCCCUGGUGAGGCUGCUGCUGAACGCCCCAACGUUCUCCUGGGGAGACGAGGAGCAAGAGGCCUUCGAGUGCCUGAAGCGGGCUUUCCGCAAGGCGCCCCUCCUGCACCACCCCAAGCCGCAGAACCCCUUCUACUUGGAAACUGGCGUCACCAAGACAGCUCUGCACGCCUCCCUGAUCCAGAUAGACGAGCAGACCGGCAAGAGAGUCUCCUGCGCUUUCUACUCCCGAAUUAUCUCGCCUAUCGAAGUCGCCUACUCUCAACUGGAAAUGAAGAUUCUUCCAAUAAGGGCUUCCUUCAUGGUGUGGUGCCGCUACCUGGAGAACACCGAGGAGCCCAUCAUGAUCCUUCUCAACACAGAGGAUCUAGCCUCUCUGAAUAAUGACAGGCUCACCGUACUUCUCCCCGGGCAUUGGGUCUUCUUCUUCUCCCACUUCAACUUUGACGUCAUGGAGCGGCCUGCGCAAGAGGGCGGCCGGCCUCUGCCACCCGUGAGAAACCUCACCCGAAGGGCUUUCCAGCACAACACUGCCACCCGGUCCAGGUCCCUGUUCACUACGGGAGGGUAUUUCGGGGAUCGGUCCCUAGACUCGGAGGAAGACGAUGAGACUGAAGACGCAUCGAACCAGGACGAGCCCAACGGGCGGAACCUCCAGCAGGAGUUCCUGGCUCUGAUACCAAUCGAUCAAAUAUUCCACAGCUUCCUCGCCCACUUCAGCGUGGCCCAGAUCAGGGCCGUCAUCCUGCACUUCUUCCGGGGCCUCCUCUUCUGGAAGGACACCCUGGCCGUGGCAGCACUCCUGGUGCUGCUGAAGCUGAAGCGGCGCCUCUCCAUGCUGCCCACGCCCGCCUGGGCGGCCGUGCGGCCCCCGCAGAGGCGCUGGCUGCGCCUCGGCCAGGCCGCGACCCUCGUCCCCGGCAGCGGCACGGCCACCGCCAUCGCUCAGCUCCUCACCCAGGUGCCCCCCACCGUGGGCACGAGCGCCGUCCCGGCCCAAGAGCUGGCCGGGCUGCUCCUGGGCCCCGGCCACCGGCAGCAACGCGCCCUGCUCCCCCUGACCCGCCGGGGCCUGCAGCUCACACCCGGCUUCUGGCUGCUGCUGUGUGACUUCUUCGGGGUCCGAGUUGGCGUGUGGGAGGGAGCCCGCCCCCUCCCGGGGGGCACCCGCUAUCUGGAGCUGCACGUCGUGGGUGAUGAAGAUGUCGUCUUGCGAGAAGCCCUGCAAGACGACCUGCAACGUUACCGUCAGUGUGGCCUGCAUGACGGCCUGCAAGACACCUCGCAGGACGAGCAGGAGAACGACGUGCAGGAGGCCCUCAGCACCGACACCCCCAUGGUCCUGCAGCCCCUCCGACACCUCCCCGUGCCCUCCGAAGUCCUCGCCUUCCUGAGCCGACACCCGCCCCGGGUCCGCAGCGCCUACGGGCAGCCUGACCCCGUCGCCCAGGAGCUGGCAGCCAGGGCCCUGCUCCGCUUUCUGACCACGGUCUACGCACAGGCACCACCGGCCCCCAUCUGGGCGGGCCAGCCCCGGGGGGAAGCCAGGCUGGAAGAGCUGCCUGACGGCGAGGACAAUGCGAGCCUCAAGUGAAGCGCCCCCUGGCCGGCCAGGGCCAAGCCCUCCGUUCCUCUGCCCCCCUCUCCUCGGCCUCUCCCUGCAGCCUCCCCAUGCCUCAGCCUGCUUCACUCAGAACCAGCGCCCCCCAACUUCCUGCCACUCCUGACCCAAGGGGAACCCACUUGUGAAGGGCAAAAAUUUCUUCAACUCAUCAACCAGCAACGUCACCUGUGCCACAGUGAACUAUCCAACCAUCAGAGACCCAGAGCCAGCUCAGGGCCACACACACAGUCCGUCUUAACCGCCUAGGUCCCAGGCUUUGCAGCUGGGAGUGAGAUCAAUGAGGGAGCGAGCAGUGGUGAGCAGGAGAUGACCCCAUGACCCAAGGCCAGGUGAAGCAUCAGGCACAGCAGACGCAGCCAAGCAAGCAGAUGCCGGGACCCACCCCC